UGUAGUCAUGCACAAAAUUGCUCAAGAGGGGGAGUAUAUGUCACCUUUAUGAAAUUAUAAAGGCAGCUGUUAUCAGAUGUUAAAAUCAGAAUUGUCAUAGUUAUGCUGGAUACACUGCUUUUACACUGAGGAGAUCAACGUGAAUCACAAUGGAUUCCAAUUUCCACAUCAAUUAUGAUGAAAAUUAUGACUACAGCUAUGACAAUAGCACCAAUACUUCAUUAACUGUAGGUGAGGAGGUUUUUUUUAAAGUCCAAACUACAUGUUUCACUCAGGUUAUUUGCCUGUUGGUGCUGGUGGUCAACGUGAUUAUCUUUUUGCUGGGCAUUGGAGGAAAUGGCGUGGUUAUCUGGAUUGCGGGUUUCAGAAUGAAGAAAUCAGUCAAUACCACCUGGUACCUGAGUUUGGCUGUUUCUGACUUUAUAUUUUGCUCCUGUUUGCCUUUCAACAUCGCCUACAGCGUAACCUCAGACUGGAUCUUUGGUCUCUUCAUGUGUAAGUUCACGUCCUUCGUCAUGUUCCUCAACAUGUUCAGCAGCAUCUUCCUCCUCGUCAUCAUCAGCGUGGAUCGGUGCAUAGCUGUAAUGUUUCCUGUUUGGGCCCAAAAUCAUCGUACUGUUGGAAAAGCAGCGUUUAUAAUUGUGCUCGCGUGGUUUGUCUCUGCGGCCUUAAGUAUUCCAUCGAUCGUAUAUCGUGAUGUCCAGCAUCACUUGGGUAUAAGCCAUUGUAUGAACAACUACACGUCCAGCCAGUACGCCCACGAAAUCAUUGCUAUGAGUCGCUUUGUUUUUGGAUUUGUGAUUCCAUUCCUUCUCAUCAUCGUCUGUUACACCGUCAUCAUUCUCAGACUCAAAGCUUCGCAAAUGGCAAAGUCCGGCAAACCGUUUAAAAUUAUGACGGCACUCAUCGUCACCUUCUUCCUGUGCUGGGCCCCAUACCACGCGUUUGUGCUCGUUGAACUUUACAAAAGCUUCCAGUCUACUGACAUCAUAGCUAACGGCUUAAGAAUUGGAACCACGGUGGCUGCCGCAAACAGCUUUCUAAACCCUGUCUUGUAUGUUUUCAUGGGAAGUGAUUUCAGGAAGAAAUUCAAGAGCUCCAUUUUGUCGAAGAUUGAGAAUGCUAUCGGAGAAGAAGGACGAACUAUGAGCCGCUACCUGUCUCGCUCAAGCUCGGUAGAUGCCAAGGCAUCCACGCAUAUCUGAAGUGUAACUGAUAAUGCAUAUAUGUACAAGAAUAAAAGUAUAACAGAAAGUAUUGUAUUACUUGCUAAUGUAAAAUGGACUGUCUGGCUCGCUAUAAUGUAAAUAUGACUUUAUCAAUCCAUUACAUAAAAAAUAUUUAAUUUCAUCCAUUGAAUUAUCAAUAUUUUUGUUUUUUCUGUUGUUUAAGGAGUUUCCAGUCUGAUCUCACGAGAAUUUGUACAUAUUUUACAAGUUGGCUAAUUCACAUUUGCGGCAGGUGACUUCUAUUUUCGAGGGCACUCGAUGCGAAGUUUGUCACAACAUGUAUGUAGCCCAUCAUGUGUGUGAAUCAUAGUUUCAAAAUAUGUGUUUGCUGCGUCGAGUUAACCUGUGUGCAUCACGUGUCUUGUCAAAAUAAGUGCCUGCUGCAGACGUGUCUAAAGGGUUUAUGAUAAAAGAGAUGCUCGCGUUUGCCAGAUACUCGCAUAAUCUCAUGUGUAAUAAGUGUUUACUGUUAAAGGAACAGUAUGUAGGAUUGUGGCCAAAACUGGUACUGCAAUCACACAACUGGUGGCCAAUACACAACAUGACAACAUAAACAUCAGUUGAGGGCUGCAAGUCCACUUUUUAAAUGACAAUAUCCUGGCCAGACCACUGUUGUCAGUGAUAUAAGUAUGUGAAAUGAAAAUGAUUUCUUAAUGUCUAGUGACAUAUCAGGGCCAUUUUAUGAUUAAUUUAUAUAAAUUUCUUACAUACUGUUCCUUUAAGUGAGUGUCUUGCGUGUAUUUUGUGAAAGUAAGCAUCUCUUUUUUACCCUAAACGGUUUUGACACGUGUGCAGCAGGAACUUAUUUAGCAAAACACGUGAUGCACAUGGUUCACAUGACGCAACAAACACAUAUUUUAAAAACACACACUCUUAGAACAGAUGUUUUAAAAAUAACACAUUAGUUUUGAUUCUGGGACGACACACUAAAUGCGUUGUCCCAAAAUCCACCCAUCUCUGUGUUAUUAUUGAAACAACAAAUUUUUUGUUGAUUUUAACACAACUUGUUUUUUAUUUUAACACAAAAUGAUACAUAAUGUGUUAAAAUUACACAUAAUGUGUUAAAGAC